AUCCCGUCAUGACUCUAAUACCCGGCCAAGAAGUGAACGUCGGUUUUCUUAUGGAAGAGCGUAAAAAACUCUUUGAUAUGGAUCUCAAUGGGCCACCUUUCGACGACCUACGCAGCUUCACCUUUGAGGGCAGCGGUAUCAUAGCCGAGUCGCUGAGCUCUUUGGCCUCAGGCACUGACGAUGAGAAUCAAGACUACAACUAUCUGUCCGGUUGGGGACCGCAGUUUAAUGCAUUGACCGCAAUGUAUGUGCAUCAUGACCGAACAAAGCUGACGAGAAAAGUCACAACGAAUGAAGCAGCCAUAGCAGCAGCAACAGCCACCGCUGUGGCAGUGCAAGGCGGCGCAACAACAAAUAUUUUGGCAGUGGCGACGACGGCUGGUACCGGGGCAAGAACAACGGGGAUGGGAAGGCUGGUUAAAACGGCGGCAGCGGUUAUUCAAGAAGAGAAUGAAGAUGCUGAGGAUGGAGGAAAUGUGGCGUUAUAAAAUUGGAGAAAUACGCGCAAAGUUGGUGAAAGGCGAAACAGGAAAAGGUCGAUUUAAAGACCACGCGUGCAUGGAGUCGGUCCAGGGUACUUGCUUAGUAACCUAGUAAUAGUGCGAGUAUGUCGGCUUGUAAGCGGACAUGGUAAUUAAAGUCAGUGUAAAGAAAAUGCAACUUUAACGAAUAUUUUGGCGAAUGGGUGAUGGGGUAUACUAGCGUCCAUUAACUAGAGCAGGCCUAAAAUACAAAAUGUAAAUCAUAAAAAACGACGAAGACUAAACAUUAUGCAGAAAAGGUAGUCAGAAAAUAUCAUAUGCAGCUGAGCUGGGCUACCGCCAGGGUAGCCAACUCAUUUUUGAGAAUUCCGCGAUUUCGACAAGGAAACUCCCCGAUUUUGCCCGAAAUUUUGUGAAAUUCCCCACUCAUAGAUAUCUCCUUAUUUACAAAAAAAUACACAAAAAUUUA